GAAGGCACCCCGUAGUAACAGCCGUAGACCGCGGCCGCCUCUCGCAGAUUUUAGGGCGCAGAAACAAUGGUGGUGCCUUUUAUUGUUCAGUGGCUGGAGUUGCAGGAAGAGCGGCAGUUUCGUGAGCAUCGCGAUGCGUUCCAGAUGCCCGAGGAAAUGUUCCGGUCUCGGUAUCGACUGAGUAAGGACUUGGCACGGUGGUUGUGCGAAGAGCUUCGUCCGGUGCUUGUGCGGGAGCGAGUGAACACUCGCACAGCGUUGACUGUAGAAGUUCAAAUUCUGUGCGCGCUUCGCUUCCUUGCCACAGGCGGAUUUCAAGGUGCGAUUGCCAGUGACGAGGACUUGACUACAAGUCAAUCUAGUGUUCGCCGUUCGGUUCACGCAGUCAUCGAGGCUAUCGUGGAUUGCAUCGGCGACGCAUGGAUCUCGUUUCCAGACGACACAGCGGCAUUGAGUUCUGCAUCCGAAGGGUUCGUGCGCAGAGACUGCAGGUUCCAGGGUUGCGUCGGGGCUGUGGACGGCACAUUUGUGUGCAUUCGCGCACCAUCGGAUAGGGACGAUGCCAACAAGGCGGCUUACUUCUGCCGGAAAGGCUAUUACGCCUUGAACGUCAUGGUGGUGUGUGAUGCGAGCCUCAGAAUAACAGCCCUCGAAACCUCAUACCCAGGAUCUGUGCACGACUCUUUUGUGUGGAAAGCAUCAAGCCUCUACGCAGAAUGCCGAUCUGGGAGCCUGCUUCAUGGUGGUGAAUACCUGCUUGGUGACAGCGCCUAUCCGCUCCAGCCAUGGCUUGUCACACCUGUUCCUGGGAACCACAUUUCUCGUAGCCCUGCAGCCAUGUUUAACGCUGCUCACUCAUCACUGCGCUCAGUUGUGGAACGCUGUAUUGGGGUCCUCAAGAUGCGCUUCAGGUGUCUGCAACGGCACCGGGCACUCUACUAUGGGCCAGUGUUCACAUCAAAAAUCAUUGCAGCCUGCGCAGUGCUGCACAACUUGUGCGUGCGCGCUGAGCUUCCAGAGCCCGAUUGCACCUCUGGGAUCGACGACUUCGACGGAGACGUGAACGCAUACGAUGACAGCGAAGAUGUGACGGCGGCAACACUCUACAGGGCAGGCAGGCAGAAACGCGAAAGGAUGCUGCAAAUGUUCUGA